AUGUUUACAUCGAAAGAGUGGGUUAGAAGCACCUAUUCUACAUCUGUUAAUGCAAAAAAGGCACAAGGAAUAAUCUUGGGAGUUACUAGAUUUCAGAAAGCAAUCAAGUAUUACUUAAAGUGUGUGCUCCCUUUGGUGAAAAUUUUGAGGCUUGUGGAUGGUGAUACAAAGGAUUUACAACUCCAUAGGCCUUUUCAUGCGGCGACAUAUUACCUUAAUUCCAUGUUUCAUUAUCAAGAAAACUUCACAGCAUAUACGGAGGUGAAAAUUGGUUUAUUUAAAACCAUUGAGAGGAUGUCUCUGGAUAUAGAGGAUGGAGUGAAGGUUGAUGAGCAAUUAGAGAAGUUCAAGAAGGCUGAGGUGCCACCGGGUAAGAGAAAUUGGAGCACUUUUGAUCAUGUGCACUCCAAGAAAAGAAACCAAUUAGAGCAACAACGGUUGAAUGCUUUGGUUUUUGUGAAGUAUAACGUUCAACUUGAGUUGAGGCAAAUUAAGAGACAAGAUAAGCGUGAGACUUAUGAUCCUAUUUAUUUGCCGAAUAUGGAAUUUGAUUAUGAAUGGAUUACUGAGAAAAAGGAUCCAUGUCUACCCAAAGAUCAUUCAUGGAUAGACAUCCAAGAGUGCUUUGAAGAUGAUGAAGGAGCGACAAGUAGCAAAAAGAGAAAAAUAGAGGAAGAGGAAGAUGAAGAAGAGUUUGAUGAAAUGACUAUAGUAGAUGAUGAUGAAGAGGAUAACUCUGAUAUUGACCUUGAAGAUUAUGAAGAUUGA